AUGGCAUCAGUAGAGGAUGCCGCGUUGGACCAGAGCGCGGCGCUAGGGCUGUCGUUCACGGCGCUGUGCUCGGUGCUGAAGGCCGUAGAGGCCACACGCAAGAACGAUUCCAAGCUGGAUAUGUUGUUCAGCUCCAGCCUGCGUGCCCAGGUGGGCGGAGGCGACCUGUACCCUCUCAUCCGCCUUGUGCUGCCUCAAUUAGACCGCGAGCGCACGUACAUGCUGAAAGAGAAGAAGAUUGCCAAGAUCUACAUCGACGUACUAGGACUAGCGCCUAUUAGUAAGGACGCGCAAAAGCUUGAGCACUUUAACGACCCCAAGAUCGUGGACAGCAAGUCCGUGGGCGACUUUGCCGCUGUUUUAUUCGACGUUGUGCUGUACCAGAGCGCAAGGACAAAAUCCAAGACUCACCACACCUUGGAAGAUGUCAACACGCUACUUGACCGAUUAGUACAGGCGGACAACAAUGCAGCGAGGAAGAAAGUGUUCAUGAAGCUCGCGACGGAAUAUUCUGCUGAUGAGCAAAAGUGGAUCAUCCGAGUGAUCCUGAAAGACCUCAAGAUCGGACUGAGACACGAGCGUGUGCUAAAGUUUAUUCAUCCAGACGCAAUGGAGAUGUAUAACCAUACAAACGACUUGCAUAAGGUGUGCAAGGAGCUACGGAACUCUGCUGUGCGGUAUGUUCCUCAGCUCGAGCCGUUCCAAGUCUUCACGCCGAUGCUGGCGAAACGAGUGAAUUUUGGAGAAUGUAUCAGCGCGAUCAAUGCCGACGCAUUUGUCAUGGAGCCAAAGCUGGAUGGAGAGAGAAUUACUUGUCAUGUGCAGGGAAAAGAAGUGCAGUUUAUAUCGAGGAACGGAAUUAACUACACUGAGAAUUAUGCACCUUCGAUUAAGCCACACGUGCUGUCGCAACUGGAGCCUGGAAUCGAUUGCAUUUUGGAUGGGGAGAUGAUGGUGUGGGACAAUACGGAGUAUCGACUUCGGGAGUUUGGACUUUUGAAGAAUACCGCCAAUGCAGUGCGCAAAGGAGAAGCAACGAACCGAUGGCUGUGCUACGUGGUGUGGGAUGUGGUUUAUGUUGGUGGAGGACCGAAAGCCGAACAGUUAAUUCGUGAGGUUUUCAAAGAUCCUGGUGAAAUUAGUGCUGUUAUGGGUCUACCGCUCCAUGCACGACGCAAGUUACUGCUCCGUAUUCUUAAGCCAUUAGACCACCGUAUUAUCAUUAUUGAGCAGAAGCUCGUUAAUGACAAAUCUGCAAAGGAACGACAUGAAAAGGUUAUGGCAGAAGUUGAUCAGCAGGUAUCAAACGGAGGUGAGGGAGUGAUUAUGAAAGACUUAAAUGCUCAUUAUAUGUGUGGUGAAAGCAGCAGAAAGGCAAAGAAAUGGUUGAAGCUGAAGCCAGAUUAUGCGGGCAUGACAACCGACUUGGAUGUUAUAAUUGUCGGCGGAUUUUACGGGACUGGAAGACGCCGCAGUGGCAACGUAUCUGUAUUUCUGCUUGGUGUUUUGGCACAUUCGUUAGAUGAGAAGAAGGCGGCAGAAGCGACCAAGCCAGGUGCUGCAUGCCCAGUGGUGUACACGUUCGCAAAAGUUGGCACCGGAUACAAUUUGGAAGAGCUGGAGCAAAUGCGCCAAGAACUGGAGCCAUACUGGCAGCCAUGGGACGACGACAAUGUUCCGUCGCAUUUGAACGGCUGGAAACCGCAAAAGAGCGACCUGAGACCGGAUGUAUGGAUCGAUCCUCGGCACUCCAAGAUCCUCGAAGUGUACGGGUUUGAGUUGUCAUUCACGACACUUUACCAGACAGGACUCACCAUUCGAUUCCCUCGUUGCAAGGCAAUCCGCAACGAUAAGGAAUGGUAUCAGUGUAUUGAUCUUCAGGAUUUAAAUGCGGCACGUGGGAGCUUAUCUACCAAGCGGGCUUCAGAAGUAGCUUUGGGACAGAAGAGUGCUACGAAACGCAUUAAGAAGCGCCAGACCGUCUCAGCUCGGCGUCCAAAUGGCGUCCUCCAAGAUUACUCCAGGGCGGACUUGGAGGGAAUUGAGCAAGAGCGAAACGUGUUCGAAGGAAUGGAGUUCUGCGUGCUGCCUGGAAAGUAUCAAAAGCCCCCACAAGAUCUUGCAUCCUCGUUUCCAGACGGGAUUUUCGAAAAGAAUGCUAUGCAAUUGUCGAAACAAACGGUCGAAAAGCUGCUGCACUCGUUCGGGGGUGCCAUUGUGCAGAAUCCGAUAGCCGGGUCCACGCACUAUGUUGUUGCCGCUGGAGAUUCUGGUUUCAAGGUUGUGAAUUUGAAGAAGCAGGGGCUGUUCAACGUCGUGCACAUCAGAUGGGUAUUCAAUUGUAUAGUAGCCUCUCGGUUGGUGUCUCUGAAGGCGGGUGAUUUUAUUUCUGCUACCGACUUACAACGGCAGCUUCUGGCGAAGGAAUAUGACCGAUACGGAGACCAUUUCACGGAACACGUCACUCCGGACGAUCUUCGACGUAUUCUACAGGAGCUAUCGAGUGCUAGUGAGCGUAAGCACACAAGUUUACCUUGGCAGUUCAAGCUGAAAGAACUGGAGAUGGAAGAAGCGGAAGCGAUGGAUAGCGCGUUCACGUUCUUGGCCCAUUGCGUCGUGUACUUCCACAACAGCUCUUCUUCAGAAGAUAAAGACAUUGACGUUCUCGCCAUGGGGCAGAUGAAGUUAAUCGAGCAGCAGCUUAAAUUAUAUGGAGGAGUCGUUGCACGCGAGAUCGAUUCUUCAGCCACACAUGUCGUUGCCGAUCCAGCGCAAGUGGAGCAACUGGCUCCCGCCAUCAGGAACUUACGCCACCAAGGCUUGCCGGAGCCUCGUGUCGUCACGAAGGAAUGGGUUCAGGAAUGCGUUGAACAGCGCACACAAGUACCUGACAACAAUUUUGUUGUGCAUGUGUAG